AUGGUAUGUGGAAUGCCAAAUAUAGGAGAAUCUAGUUUAUUAAACGCUGUAGGAUGUAGAAAAGGUAAAGUAGCAUCAGAAGGACCCAUGCCUGGUCACACAAGAUCAAUAGGACCGCUUGUUAAGAUUUCAGAACCAUGUAAACUUUUGAAUGGAAAACCGAUUUUGUUAUAUCUUUUGAAAGUUUUUAGGGAUGGGAAAUUUGGGAAUUGGACGUUAAAUGCGUUUCAAAAAAUUCAAACUCAAACUGCAGGAGAAGGAGAAGCAGAAGAAAAGACUUUUGUACAUACUGAUUUAAAUUCACGUGUGGUUGUUAAAGUUUCAAAGUUUUUGGGUUUUUGA